UUUAUUUUACACUUCCACGCUUAUAUUUCCCAGAAUGUUUUUCUUACAGAGAAUCUAAAAACGUUCUUCUUAAAACAUUUGCUGAAUGUUGCGUUGAGAACUCCUUUCAUUUGCCAUCAUGUAAACCUGUGGAAAUGCUUUCUAGGAGAACGUUCUGUAAUGUGUUACCUCAACAACAUCCUCAAAACACUGCAGGCAAAAUCUUUGUCAAUACGUCACAUUACAGAAACACUUUCUGUCAUCUGCAGCCUCGAUAACAUCUGGAAAACAUUUUUUGUUUAAUCAUGUAAGAGGCUCUGACAGCACUCUGAAUGUUGUAAUAAAAACACUUUUAAUCUUAUAGGAACAUUAUUUGAAAUGUCAAAUAUCCUCAAAACAUUUUUUGAACAUUAAAGUGUUUUCUUUGAAACCUUAUUGGAACUUUUAGGUAAUGUUAGCCAGUGUUGUGGGAACAUUCUCUGCUUGCUGUUGGUUUGUUUUCAUUCAUUGGCUUUGCGACUCUUUAUUGCCUGCAGCUUGUCUCCACCUGCUGCUUAUCCAGAACACCACCUCUGUAGGACGCAUUACUUCUAUUUGCAUCACCAUUAAAUAAAAAAUAAAAAACAUACAGGAAAUACCGCGAGGGAGUUUACUUUCCAAAUAAAACAGUGUAGCGUUAAAAAAAAUACAAAAUAAAAAAACAACGAUUUGCCCGGAAAAACACGACCAAUGUUAAACAUGUGUUGAAUGCAUUUGUGAAAAUCGCCGUUUUCAAAUUUAAUUGAGUUAAACUCUCAAAAGGAGGAGUUUACUAACGCGAGUUUUACUUUGAAAACCGGAAGUUGAGAGGGAUGCAGCGGUUGGCGCGCGGGUAACUUGACGCUGUCAGCCACGUCACCUCCUCUGAAGCGACUUUCCUGAAGAACCGCAGCGCUCGGAGCGGAAAACCCUCUGGUUUGUGUGUUUACCUGCGCACGUCUAGACGCCCAGACAGCCAGCCGUGUGACGGACGCUCCAGCCUCCGUUCUCCGCCUUUUUGAAACCCUCACCGACGGCUCGCUGGUUGGAUUUUCACGGCUGAGCUCCUUCGGACUCCUUCGGACGCGUCAGGCCCGUCAGGAGUUUCUUUAAGUUUCUUUAAUCGCUGAAGCAGGAUGAACAUCUUCCGUCUGGCCGGUGACGUGUCACACUUGGUGGCAAUCAUCAUCCUGCUGCUGAAGAUAUGGAGGUCCAAGUCCUGCGCUGGAAUCUCUGGGAAGUCCCAGGUGCUGUUUGCUCUUGUUUUCUCCACCAGAUACCUUGACCUGUUCACGGUCUUCGUUUCUGUUUACAACGUGGUCAUGAAGGUGGUGUUCCUGGCGCUGUCCUACGCCACCGUGUACCUGAUCUACAUGCGCUUCAGGAACUCGUACGACUCGGAGAACGACACGUUUCGCGUGGAGUUCCUGCUGGUUCCUGUCAUCGGCCUGUCCUUCCUGGAGAACUACGCUUUCACCCCGCUGGAGAUCCUGUGGACCUUCUCCAUUUUCCUGGAGGCGGUGGCCAUAAUGCCGCAGCUCUUCAUGAUCACCAAGACGGGCGAGGCGGAGUCCAUCACCACCCACUACCUGUUCUUCCUGGGCCUCUACCGAGCCCUCUACAUCGCCAACUGGGUGUGGCGCUACCACAUGGAGGGCUUCUUCGACCAGAUCGCCGUGGUGUCCGGCGUCGUGCAGACCAUCUUCUACUGCGACUUCUUCUACCUUUAUGUCACGAGGGUGCUUCGAGGAAAAGGGAAGAUGAGCCUGCCGAUGCCGGUCUAAGAGCGUGCGCCGUGCAGCCUCCCGCCUGUGCCUGCUUCAGUUCCAUAUCUGAACACAGACCUUGGCCUUCAACCGAGCUUAGCAAAGGGACUAAUGGUCUGGCUUCACUCUGGAGACCAACAAGAAAGCGAUUCUCUGUCUGAUUGGUACUUUGAGUGUGGCUCUGUGUGUUCGCAAAAGUGUGUGUGUGUGUGUGUGUGUAUAUGCGCUGUGUAUGUUUUGUGUUUUUUUUUUUAAGUCCAUGAGAUGCGACACUGGAAAUGUGUCCCCGGUGUGCACAGGAAGCUUAAAUGCAGUCACGUGUUUGCCCGUAGUUUUCAUUUUUUAUUAGGAGCCUCGAGUGAUUCUGGAGACACUUAAAUUACCAUCAGAUCAACACUAACUGUCCACAAAAAUGUCCCUAAUGUUGCAGUUUGCGUAGCAGGUGGACUGAAUGCAGCUUUAGUUUCCUGUGUUACAGCUGUAAGAGUCCCCAGAGCUUCAAAGGUUCCUCCUCCAUCGCCGUCACUACAUCCGACAGUCUUAGCCAAUAUUCGAGUGUUUGUAAAAUUUCUUCCACAAAGUGUCUUCCUCCUCUUUAUUGUCAGAAACUCCCCGAAAAGCUUCAUUCUUUCAUCAUCAUUAUUAUUAUUCAGUAUGUUACUGUUUGUGUUUGUUCCUUGUCUUUUAUACUCGGUGUAUUUCUUCCUGGCAGAACUAAAGGGCUCAAUAUGUCGUCACGAAGCCAAAGAUGGAACAGCUGCAACGUCGCGGUUAAACUUUUUUUUUUUUCUUGCGUCUCUCCUCUGUUAUUACCUGAUUGUGUUUUUUUGUGUCAGGGGUAAAAAUGGGAACAUUUCUGUAAGAGACUAACCUAUUUUUGACAAAUACAAACGUGUUAGUCGCAGGAUGCUGAAUUGCACACGACUUUUAUGACUUUGCCUUUUAUUACACCAUGAAUUUUCCAAGCUCAAA